AGUACAGUACAGAGUACAAGUACAGUACAGUACGAGCACAGUACAGUCAUAGUGAAGGCAGCGUUACCGUGACGUCAUCACAACACCUGCGAGGCGCAGCUGUCUCCUGACUGGCUGGGGGCGUCCCAACACCUGACUUGUGACAGGUGUUUAGCAGACUUGUCACAGUGCUUGGAGGAGCUCCUUGUGGUACACCAGGACCCGUAGAGAUGGCCCCUAGUUUGAUGUUACCAAAAUUGCCAAUGACGCCAUUUCGUGUGAUGGCACUGGUAGCAGGUGUGGCUGCCAUUUGCCUCGUCUUCUCUGCUUUGACCACGUCUGGACGACAGCAGAAAUUAGGAAAAGUAUUCGAACAGCUAUCAAAGACAUACAAGCGUGAUAUUAGUGGGAAGACGAUGGCUGAACCUAGUUUCUGGCGCAACUUUGAUUUCCAAUCUGAGCAGAUUCCAUCCCAAGUUACUGAUGCUGCUCCAAGGGUGAAGGUCACCAACAGUACAAUAAAUAUAAUGGGAUCGAAUACCUUCUACCGUGAGGCUCUACCUCCAGAAGGUGUGAGCAGUAGUGGUGAGGUGGUUGUGCUCCUACAUGGUGCUGCAUUUCAGUCCAAAACCUGGCUUGACCUUAACACCAUCAACCUCUUAGCAGCUAUGGGGCAUCAUGUUAUUGCUAUUGACUUACCAGGCUUUGGGGAGUCCAAAAGUGUAGAUCCAAGUGAUCCAGCUGAUUAUCUGCACACCUUUAUGAGCACCAAAAAGGUCUCCAAGCCCAUACUGGUCUCUCCCUCAAUGAGUGGUAGGUUCUCCAUCCCAUUCAUCAUGAAAUAUCCUCAAGAUGUCGGUGGAUACGUGCCAGUUGCUCCUGUCGGUACCAACAAGAUUGUUGACAGGGCCCCAGAGUUGAAGAUUCCUACACUCAUCAUCUAUGGAGAGAAGGACCAAAAACUUGGCCAUACAUCUCGUAAUGACUUGUUGAACAUUCCCUCAUCUCAGCAUGUGGAAAUACCUGGAGCAAGACACCCAGCUUACCUUGAUAAUCCUGAUUUGUUUCACACUCUCUUGUAUAAUUUCAUCAAGCAAGUUCAUGCCCAUAGAGCUGCAGCAUAAUGUAACUAUGCAUUUGUUGAUUUGUAUGAGCAUUGGAAAAUAUUGUGGCAUUUAUUACUUAACUUACACUAUAUUUUUCAUAUUCAUAAACAUGUUUAAUAAUUUAGGAAGGAUAAUCCCAGAAUAGUUAAUUAUGAGUUCAUUAAACAAUAUUCACAUUUCAUCAGUAACCUAAUGGUUACAAUUAAUUUCUGUAUAUGGAGUUACUCUUUGCUGCAAAUUUAGUUAAGGUGUUGUGAAGGAAAUGCACUAAAUAAUUUUUUUCUUUAGUUUAGUGAUUGUGAUAUUACCUAGUUUGUAUUAGACUUGAGAAAUUUUAAAUAAAGCUCUUAAGAUACA